UCUAGUUUGUUCUACCAAAUCAAACCUCUUGAAUAAACUUUAAAUAUGGUUGACCGUGCUAGUCAAGUCAGAGUGUUUGAUUUAAUCCCACAAAGUUGAUCUAGGAAUAGAAUAGUUAUUGGCAAAAAAGGAAUAUCAUAAUUUUUCAUUGCUUGAAUUUUUAACUGACCUUUUUAGGCAUUUUGACUUUUGACCAUACCCUUAUCAAAAUGGCUAAAUGCUCAUAAAUCGAGAUAUAAGAACAUAUAAACUGUAGAAAUAUUAUAAGAAAUCAAACAAAGAGAAACAAAAGAAAAAAUGGAUUCUCUAAUACAACUCAUAGUUAUCUUCAUGGUGACUAUGUUCAUAAGUGCAUCUAUAUCUCAAGCCCAGAGAACGACGACCGUGGUGAUACAUAAUGAUCUUGAAGGUGGUUUAUCUCUAGGAUACCAUUGUAAAUCGGGGGAUGAUCUUGGAUACAAGAGUUUGGCACCAGGUGGAUCAGGAUCCUUUAGCUUUAAACCUGAUAUAUUUGGUCGAACGUUAUUUUUGUGUAGCUUUAGUUGGAAUUAUGAGUUGCAUUUUUUUGAUAUCUAUAACCAAAAGAGAGACAGAGAAUUUGAAAAGUUUGGAUGCACACAAUGCGAAUGGAGGAUAAGCAAAAAGGGACCAUGCAAACUUAACAAAUACAGUAAAAUGUUUGAUAUUUGUUAUCCCUGGAAUUUUUAACAAACCCAUGUAAUAUCACUAUGUAUAACUCUUACUAUCGAAAACAGAAUAAUAAUAAUAAUAAAAUAUAUUUUUCAACUAAUUUAA